AUGGCGAACGUCGAGAAUGAUGCUUCGGCGGAGCAACUCAAGAAGCCCACUCACAUAGCCGCCUCAAAUCUUCGACCAAAACAACAAACUGUUUUUAUGCGAAAGGCCCUGAGUGUAAUUCUCCGAUUAUCAAUAUGGUACUUCAUGAUAACAACUUUCUUUCGAUGUCCAUCAAACCUGAACGACCUAGAUGGUCACUCUCCACGCGUAUGCGAGCCCUAUCUUAUCGCUAGAUCGAAUAUCGAGCCUCAUUUAGCUCCUUACUACCAGGUCUAUGGUAAACCGUACGUGGAAGCGGUACAGCCAUACACGCAAACAUUCCAUGAUAAUAUAUAUUUGCCGGUGGCGGACGUUUCCUCGCAAUCAUAUAAUAAAUACUUAGCGCCUCGCAUAAAGCAAGGACUACAACGUGCCGAGAAAGAGUGGGAUAUCUUGAUUUCACCGCGAUUAGACUCGUUGAAAAAAUCAUUUGCUGCUUCCUACGAAGCCUCUAUCGGCCCACAUAUCACCCAAGCAAAAUUUAUAAUUACACCCAAAUACAAUUUCCUGAUAACGCAGCUGAUUGAGUUGCGGGACGGUUAUAUCUUGCCUAUCUACGACCAAUUGCGACCGAUUGUUGACAGAAUAUGCGUUUCUAUCCGCGAGUUUUUAAUUAGGACAGUCAUACCUUGUAGUCGCAAGGGCUGGUCGAAGCUUGUUUUAUUAUUGAACGGCACGUUGCGACCGCAAGUAGCUGGUCUGUACUCAAAAAACGUGGAGCCACAACUUUUCAAGAUAGGGGAGAAGCUUGCAAGCUACCGUGAAGGCGGGAAAUUGAAACAUUCCCAUGAUGAAGCUGAGAGGUAUGGGCAAAAUUCUACAGUUCAUGUAACUGAAACUUUCAGUCCCCUACCCGACUCUUUAACAUACACAUCAGCCAAUAGACAUACCUCAUCGGCAACAACAAGUUUGGCGGCGACAUCCGAUAUAGUUCCCGAUACAACCUCUCUCUCGCCGUCACGGCAGACCGCGCAGGUUAAAAUAGCCAGUGACCUGAAACUAUGGCAAGAGAAGUUUGCUGUAGCUGCUGAUAAAGGCUGUGACGAAGUAGAAAAGGAGGUGGCUGCUAUCCUAAAAAAAUUGCAGGAAAGUGGCGCUGUAAACAAAGGCGAAAAUCUAGUCUCUCAGCUAGAUGCUGUUUCGCAACAACAGCUGCAGAAGCUCCGAGCUGAAAUCAUUGAGCUUGUACAGAACCUAAGCAAUGAUUCAAGUGAAGAAGAUGAAGCAGCCGCUCAGGAUGCUUUAGCGCAUAGUUUGAGGUUUUCCGGCGUCACCAUCCGGGAACAUGCGCACAACUUAAGGAUGUGGUAUAAAACCUAUGAUAAUGAUCUCAUUCAGCGAAUAUCUGAGAUCAUCGAUUCCACGCUUGAUAUUUUAAGCCACAUUCGAGACUUGGGACUUCAAGAAAUCGGAAUGAGAUGGGCGUGGAUGGACGGCGUCACAUACAAGGAUUGGGCGAAGUUCCACGCUCUUAAAAAGAGGUUCUCAGAGUGGCAGGAUGAAGUAAGAGAUGUGGGCAUGCGGCACGAGUCUCUCUUGAAAGCCAGAGAGGCCGGAGACGAUAUACUCUCUCGUGGCAUGGCGGUCGCCGAAAAAGCUGCCGGAGAGUUGUUGAUGCUCAAGACUGUUGGAGCUUGGAAAAUCAGAGCUGGCGACAGUAGCGAUAACUUUGACACUGGUGCCAUGGAUUCCUCCAGAAUUCGCUCUAGGACGGUCAAGUCCGAAGGCACUACGAUACAGCCAAAGACCGCCAUAAAUACUGAAAGUACAUCUCCUUCAUUAGGUGUUUCAAGUGACGGCUCGCGGUCUCCCAUAAACCAUGUUUCAGGUGAAAGUGAAAAACAAAAGAAUGAUCACAUUUUGCGUUCAGCUGGUGCCACCCUGGUACCAGAGGAGGGUCUGUUUUCUGAGGCUGUUUCUCUUGUUUCAGACGCUGUUAAUGAGGCUGAGAGUCUCAGCCGUGAUUUAUCUCGAUCUGCAGCUUCUGAGCCAAUGUUUAGCAUACACGAUCAGGUUGCUGAUGCGUAUUCGAAAUCGAUACAAGAAGCGUCCUCGUUGCUCGCAUCACACACUAUAGACAGCCUUACCACCACAACCGCCAGCAGUACAGCAUCAAAUCCGGGCAGUGCUGGCAGGAUGGAAAGUGUAAAACAUGCACCAGAUUUUCACACCCAAGUGGUAAUGCCGGGUACCCCGGCCAAUGAAGCUCAUGGUGAAGACGUUGCGAUAUCUAUUGAAGAUGAUGAGAUUUCUCCCUUGGACUCGUCAAAGCAGUCGAAACUACGUGGCAAUCCUUCGCCCCUGUCUAAUCAGGCUGAUCCUUUACGCAGUGAACAAGCCGCACCCACCAAUAUCGGGCAUCAGACCCCCACGAACGCUGCGGAUGGACCAUCUACAACCCCUCCCCUCUCAAUAUUGAGAGUCAAGGAGAUCCUGACAUCUGCAAAUCACCAAUUCCGUUCUCUAAUUGAUUCCGUCAGUGUUGGAGUUCAGGCACCAGAGGCUGAUCAUUACUAUGCGAACUCUAUUCUAGACGAUGCAGUUUUAGAACUGGCUUCUGCUGCUUCGGUAGCUAAUUCCGCGUUAACCCACGCUAUUUAUACCUCGCCAGAUCCAACGCCUACAACGCAGCCCCGCCUUCGCAAAGACAAGCAACAGAUUCUUAGCAGUGCUGUUGCUCAGCUUGGCACAUUUUCAACAAUUGUGGACGUAUACCUACAGCAGCUUCGUCGAGACAUUGACGAAUCUGACCCCACCGCCUCUGUGGAACGGCCAGCAGGCAAUGCAAACCCACCAACCAGUACAUCGAAUACCAUCCGAGAUGAGUUAUAG